CGGGAGGAAUUGGUGGGGGUGUAAUCCCUUAUUGAUUCCUCGUGCCCUUUCCCUCCCGAGAACGUGAAGAAGUGCGUCCAGUUGAUCAAUGCCGACCAUGAUCCGUCCACAAUCAUGGCUGGAAAGUCGAAAGCGAGCGCUAUGGGCGCUGCUGUUGCUGUGCGCUGUCCAUUGGGUGAUUGCCAAAAACCCCAAGGACGACUUCUGUCGGAGAUUCGCACACCAGACGACGGUCAUCGAUGACAAGCUGUACAUUGAUGGGGGCUGGGUCAACUUCGAUGACUUUCAACAGACACACGAAAACUACUCCAACACCUGGCUAGCAUACCACGAUCUCAACCACCUUGUAUCCCGAAACUCCGAACUUUGGCCCGACCUGAACAUCAGCCUGAGCAAGAACGACAGCAUUCCCUCGGUGAAUGGUGGGAUGCUAUGGGGCGACAGCGUUAACAAGCGAUUCUACGUCUACGGAGGCGAGUGGAACGGCGGCUUUGCACAAGACCCCUACACUCUUCUAAGCUACGACAUCCUCUACGAUAAAUGGGAUGACUUUGGAGCGCCCGACAUCAGCCCCCCGCCGAAGCUCGCCUCCUACGGUGCCGGAGUCGGCGUAUCGGAGACUGGUAUGGGCUAUUACCUUGGAGGAUGGAUCAGCAAUGCCUCCAUGAGUGGAUGGACCCAGCCGCGAACGAUGAGCUCGAACUUCUACUCGUACGCCUACGAUACAGGCAAAUUCUCGCAGGCAGCCGGCCCUGAUAAAAAUCCGAGAGCAGAAGGUGGGAUGGUCUGGCUCCCAGCUGGCGAUGCCCUCGGACUCCUUGUGUACAUGGGUGGUGUUCUCAGCCCAAAUGGGAAUGGCACGGAAGCUCCUCAAGCUUUUGACGAAGUCUUUGUGUUUGAUGCCCAGGGCAAUUCAUGGUCGAGUCAGAAGACCACGGGAGAGAUACCACAGAAUCGGCGCCAAUUCUGCGUUGACGUUGCAUGGGCACCCGAUAAGUCGAGCUUCAACAUCUACUUGUGGGGAGGACUGAGCGUGCAGCCGCCGGUUGUGAAUACCACCUCGUUCAACGAUAUCUACAUCUUGACCCUCCCCUCGUUCAUCUGGGUCAAGGCGUAUCCUGACCACCAUGGAAACGCCACGCUGCCUCCGGAAUACGACCAUUACAGCGCUUCCUGCAAUAUGGUCAAGUCGAUGUCGCAGCUGUUUGUCAUCGGCGGCACCUACACGGACACGGAUGCCUGCGACCUCGCCGUCGACGCGUGGGCGAUGCACAACUUUUGGACGGGGACGAGCCAGAACGCUGGCGAUAACGAGACGUACUGGGCAUUGUACGAUCCUUCUGUCAAGACCAAUGUCGUUCCUAUUGACGUCUACAACGUCACUGGCGGAGACAAGGAAGGCGGCGCCACACUCUUGGCGCCAAAGUCUGGGUUUGACUCGGGCAACAAGCCGCUCCAGGAUCUUCUAGGGCGAAGGCCCUCGAUCCCAGAGCGUUCUCCGACCCGCAAAGUCACCUUCGAGACCAAGUCGCCGACAUCGACGCCGACACCCGACACGGGAUCGGCGCUCUCUACUGGCGCUAUCGUCGGCAUUGCAAUUGGCGGCGCCGCGGUUCUAGCACUCAUCGUGGCCGUAUGGUUCUGUAUCGGCCGAAGGGUCGUCCGCCGUCGCGAGGAGCGGCGUCUGUCCCAAAUGACGCAGACACAGACGCAGCCUUUGUACUAUGGAGGCAGCCCUGCUACUCAGCCGAGCCUCGUCAGCCCACACACGUCGGUGGGAUACUGGGGAUCCAGUCCAACGAGCCCGCAGAUGGUGACGCCACACCAGACCACCCUGAUGCCGCCGUCUGAGCUCCCUGCAGAACAUCACAACGACGUACACGGUGUCAGCGAGCUUCCCCAACAGAGGGAGAGCGACAAAGGCGCUGUGUCCCCUGUUGGCGUGCCGUCUCAAGGUCAUUCUCCCGCUCCUGCUGCUAGUGUAACGCCAGAAGUACACCACUAUGGAUUUUGACCCUGUGAAGCUAGUAAGAGGGGUAUGACUAGGGUUUGGGUUAGCUGGACGGAGAGAUAUACAAAGGCCGCAUCACUCGUAGUCAUUGAGUGAAGGACAGCGACUUUUGGACAUCUUGCAAGUUUUGUCUUCUAUUAUAGGCCUCAGUGCCAGUUGCAUUCACGGCCAGC